GCCUCCCGCUGCUAGCUCGCGGGUCUGAAGAAAACCUCCCCUGGACCCGCCGCCCUCCCUGGUAUGGGAUGGGAGACCCUUGUGAGAGCAGUGACUGCUCACCUGCUGUCGGCGUGAAGGACGUAGCGGAUUGGGAAUCCUGGAACGUGCCGCUGGAUUUCCUGGAGGAUUCCCAGAUGGGCAACGGGAGCAAUAUGUCCUUCCUGCAGUUCUUCAAGAACACCAACCUGGAGCGAGCUGAUGGGGUGCAAGGGGACAGCUCCGAUGUGGUGCGGAUUGUCAUCUCGCUGGUGUACUCUGUGGUAUGUGCGCUGGGGCUGGUGGGCAACCUGCUGGUCCUCUACCUGAUGAAAAUCAAGCAAGGCUGGAGAAAGUCCCCCAUUAACCUCUUUGUAACCAGCCUGGCAGUGACCGACUUCCAGUUUGUGCUGACAUUGCCGUUCUGGGCAGUGGAGAAUGCAUUGGAUUUCAACUGGCUCUUCGGUAAGGCAAUGUGUAAGAUUGUCUCCUAUGUGACAGCCAUGAAUAUGUAUGCCAGUGUCUUUUUUCUCACUGCCAUGAGUAUAGCUCGAUACCACUCUGUGUCUACAGCCUUGAAGAAUCACCAGAGAGGUGACCCACUGGGUGGCUGCUGCUCUGCCAAGUGGCUUUGUGUACUCAUCUGGCUGUUGGCUAUCCUGGCUUCCCUGCCCCAUGCCAUUUUUUCCACCACUGCCACUGUCUUUGAUGAUGUGCUCUGUCUUGUCAAGUUCCCCGAAGGCCGAGGCAGCAAUGCCCAGUUCUGGCUGGGUAUGUACCACAUCCAGAAGGUGCUGCUGGGCUUUGUGGUGCCACUGAUAAUCAUCAGCCUCUGCUACUUGCUCCUGGUACGCUUCAUCAAUGAGAAACAUGUUGGCAGCAAGUGCAGCGGCCUCGGUUCCAAGCGCCGUGCCAAAGUGACUAGGUCAGUGUCCAUCGUUGUGCUGGCUUUCUUCUUGUGUUGGCUGCCUAAUCAAGCGCUCACAACAUGGGGCAUCCUCAUCAAACUCAACGUGGUGAACUUCAGUACUGAGUAUUUCCUCUCCCAAGUGUACUUCUUCCCCAUCAGCGUGUGCCUGGCACACUCCAACAGCUGCCUCAAUCCCAUCCUCUACUGCCUCAUGCGCAGGGAGUUUCGCAGCUCACUGAAGAGCCUCCUCUGGAGAAUCACCUCACCUUCCCUUACCACCAUGCGUCCUUUCACCAACACCACCAAACCCGAGCAGGAGGAGCAGGUCCUGCAUGCCCUGGUGCCUGACCAGCCUGUCCAGCCUGUCGCUACUUCUUGCCCUCAUGCAACCAUCCAGCCGGAGGCAGAAGAGACUUCUACUAGAGACUUGGAUCCAUCGCUAACUGCGAAGAUAGUGAUUUGCAAGGUGUCUGGAGAACAGCAGAAGUGAGCUGGCAGCUGAUGGACAUACUUACACAGAUGCGAAGACUGAAGAAAUCUGAUAUAUCCACAGAAGAACUUGAGCUUCUAAAACUGUAUGAUUACCAAGUUCCUAAGUCCUGACUUGUUGAAGUUGUUCUGCCAGUUGAAGUCUGUAGGUAUUUGAAGUUUUUUCUAGUAAAAUAUUUUGUGCCUAGAAGUCUGUUCUUGAGCAUGCCUAAAUCUGCUUAAGUCUGUAGCAUUUCUCACUCUGCUUCAUGGGGAUCUCUGUUGGGCCUGGCCAUGGUGUUUAGGUGAGAGAGGCAUCUCUGCAUGCCAACAUGGUACACCCUGUGUCAGGCCACACUAAGUUAGAAGCAGCUGUAAUCUUAACUCAUUCCCCCCAUCCCUUUGCUUCUGUGCCUGGUUAUGCUUCUCCUGUCCCACCUUCAGUGCAUGUGUAAAUUGUGCUCCUUCCUCUUCCCUUUUGAAACAUUAAAUAAGUGGGCAGAGCUUUUGCCCACCAGCUAUAAGUCUCAGCUUUCCCAUUCUACAUCCCUGGGGAAUGGCUGAAUAUCAGGGUUACUUCGUGAAUGUGCUUGAAUCCUCUGGCUUGAAACAGUUCCCUGUUGCAUGAGUUGCUCACCAUUGCUGGAUCAUGAAGGGAAAGCAAGCCCUUGAAUACUCUACAGCAUAGUGGUUAGAGUGUGAGCCUCACAGAGGAAGUGCCAAGAUUUUUUUUUUCCUUAUAAAUGCAGAAGAGUGGAUCCAGGUCUGGAUUUUAGGUCUGCCCUUUCAAAGUACAAUAAUUAACUUUCUCCUAGGUCCUGGUUCCAUUAAAGUUUCCAUAUGCUAUGCAGGAGCUGAGAGCUUUCUAGACCUCUAAGUCUAGUGGCCUAAUGUGUCAAAAGAUUUGCAGGGAAUGCAUUUGGGUCUCAUAUUUCUGGAGGAAGCCCUAAUGCCUGUGCUAGCAGAUGAAGAAGGCUACACUCUUGUGUGAGAAAAGAAUACCAUGAACACCUAACUCCAGAGUUCAGAGAGGUCUAACAAUGGUUCUAUAGGUGAUGAGAAAGUAUCUAAUUUAAGAACAGGGGCUGAAUCUCAAAGCCAGACUCUCUUCUUUGUAUUUGCUUUUGAACAGCAUAGUUUCUUGCUUGGCUUGCUGGAAUUUUAAUCCUUAUCCUGAUGCUUAAAUGUCCUUGUGCACUAUACAGAAAGUUAUCUAGGUGUCUAAAGUGUAACUAUGAAUUUCAGUAAAUAGUAAACUGCCUAAAAGACAUCCUCUGUGGUGCUCAGCAUGACAAAGCCUAUAUGCUCUUGUGGAUGUUAAUGUAGACAUUAUUUUGUGCCAGCAAAACAACACAGUGAAACAGACUAUGUUCAGUAAAACUCAUAGUUAGCCCAGAAUACUAGCAAGAUACUAUGCUCAGAGAAAGGCCCAGGUAUCUGAUCACUAAAGGCAUAAAGCCCUUAUGUUUUGCAAAUCACCCAAUAGGAAAUACCUUGGGCUUCUAGACCAUGGAUUUAGAUGGCGAGUCUCUCUCAAGCCACUGGUCCAUCAGGUGUACGUUGUGAAUGGGCUGUUUGAAGGGGCACAACCCACCCACAGUUGGCCAACCGUUGGUUUAGUCCAGAGCAGCAUCUCUGGCUGUGCAGUCAGUGUGCGACCAAUGUAGCCAAAGAGCACUGCUUUGGCUGUGCAUGAGCAGAGGGAAUUUUGAGUCCCAGCUAUCAGAGCAUGAAAUCUGGGCUCUGUAUUGCAUGGGCAGGGGCACCAGCUGGGGCACUGCAAGAAAAGGGCAGUUGCUCUGAGUGUGCACACAGCAUCAGGUGUGGGGCCUGAGCAAAGGGUCUUUCUUUGAGACUACACAUCAGCAACAAUUUAGGAAAUCAGGGGUUUCCUAAAUAACCAGUGCAACAUACUUCAAAACCAGUUCUGUUUCCUCCAGUUUUUCUUGUCUUCAUUUGUAACAAUCACCUUUUCGUGGAGUAAAAUAAACACUGCUGAAGCAUA